CAUCUUUAAAUAGACGAUAAGGGUAUAGUAUCGUACGUACAGGUAAAUUUAUGCGAUCUUUCGACACAGCCGGUUACCUGCAUCAAGUGUUACCUUUACUGCUUGCGUGUACAUAUUCAAACAGUUUGUGAAAAUUUGAGAUAGUUGUGGAGUCAUCGCUUUAGCAAUAUUGAGGUCGCGGGGAGGUUUGUCGGGUAAAGUAUAUGAACAGGCUGUUUCGACCCGACCUAUUUACACUGGAACUAUCUAACCAGAACUCACACGGUGUUGAUCCCUGAACGACAUUAGCUGAGAUAUAGGAUCCGAAAAACAUUAUGUCUGGAAAGACGUUACUGGCCAUACACGACGUGAACAGCAUGACGUUCGAACAGUUCACAACUGUGUUUGGUAAUGUUGUGGAGCAUUGUUCGCUGUGUGCGGCCGCUGUGUGGCAGCACCGUCCGUUUACGGACGUGGAUCACAUACACCAGCUCAUAUGUGAUGUCCUCGACAACUUCCCAAACGACGCUAAGCAAGGGGUACUCUGCUUACAUCCGGAUCUUGCUGGGAGCGUCGCGGGCCUGACAUCGGAGUCGCAAAACGAACAGAAAGCUGCUGGGAUCGAUAGCCUUACACAGGAUGAAAGGGCGAAAAUGCAAGAAAGAAAUACAAGCUACCGGGAAAAGUUUGGUUUUCCCUUUGUCAUAUGUGCCCGGAAAAACAAAACGCAGGCCAUUUUAGACGGUUUGAAGCUCCGAUUGCAAAACAACAUCGAGGAGGAAGUGAGGAAUGGCGUGGAGCAAGUAAAAGAGAUAGCUCUGCUGAGACUGUUUUCUAUUGUUGAACACUGAUGAUAUUACCGAGAUUGUUUUAUUACUUUUGAGCAGUGACUGAUUACGGAGACUGAUUUUUUUUUUAUAAUUGAACACUUAUAUAACAUUACAGACUGUUUGGUAAUAUUGAUCAUUGAUAGCAUCGAUCAGUCUGAUUUUUUGAAACAUUGUUUAAAAAUCAGUAUAAAAUUCACAAUAUUUUUGUAAAGUAGAAACCAAAGUAAAACGCGUAUGUAUGCCCUUUUUGUUUGUUACAAACCUCAUGACAAGUUAGAAUCAUAUCACAUAACAGGAUAAUAUGAAACUAGUGGAUUCGAAUUAACGGUGUACGUACUUGAUACAUAAUAUUUACCUUCAACGAAAUAUAAGGGUCUGGUGGAUAGAGAUCUUUUAGUCUGAAGGAAGCUUUUGUGUAGAGUAUGUUUAAGUCUAGAUGUAUGUUUGACAUACCGCUUUAAGAAAUAGACGUAAGAUGUUUGUGCGACGUGACGUAUGAGACACCAACAUUAUCCACUAAGUAAGCUCUGUAUUUGUUUCUGGAUUUGUUCUUGUAAAUUUAAAAAGAGUCGGUAAAAUCUGGAUUGAACUUUACAAUCUACUUGUCUGUCUAUGAUUUUACUUUUAAAUGUACAAUAUAAACCCGAUAAUGCUACUUACUGAUCGUUGUCUUUUGUUCGGAACAAUUGAAUUACUCCCAUUCUUAAAAAUACGUGUGAAAUAUUCGAGCUUCCCCAACGCAGGGAGUACUAACUUCCAUCGCCUUGUUGAACUGUCGUUGAGAAGGAAUAAUGUUGUAUUUGUAGAUGUAGAUAUGGAUGACAUUAAAUGAUAAUCAUCAGUAGAAAACUGUUCAAUUAAAUAGACAUUCAAAAGUUGUGAAGUAAUUUUUAUAUCGUGAAGCAAUGAUUAUAUUCGGAGACUUCUUUUUAUAUUUUCUAGUACAAGUCGAGUCUUCCGGACUGAAAAUAAUUUUAUAAAUUGUGUUCAUUUACUAACAUAAUCAAAAUAAAAUA